AUGACAGAAAACGAGGAUCUGUUGAGCAAGAUUGGCCGACUUGCAGGUCAAAUAAAUCGACACAAGAAUCAGUCAUCGCAGCCACAGUCCUCUCACCAGUCACAGUAUGUAUCUCGCCAUGCGCCUUCUCAUCCAGGAUGGGCACCAUACUCUCGAGGCAGAGGCCGACCUGCGGGCCCGCAUCGACACCGCACACUGAUUCUGAAUAACGGAGGUGCUGGCUCCACACCCAGUGCUACUUCUUCCCCUGGCCCCGCGAGCGACAACGAUGGCGAGUCGCGCCCUCCGAUCACCUCAGGGUGGGUUGCUAAACGUGAUCGCCACAUGCAGCUCAUCAACUCCGCCGUUUACGACAAGGAACAACAGGCCAGAGCCAAGGCUAUGGAAGAAACUCGAAAGUUUAAAGAGCAACGACGCGCCGAACGUGAACAAUCAAAGGUGCUUCGGUAUGCUCAGGGUUCUUCAAGUGCAUCUGUGUCUACUGCUUCGCAACAGAUUCUUGUCAACGAUGUUCCAUUUAAGGUUGUACGCGGAGGCAGCAAGUUGGUUCGGGUAUCAAAUGACCCAAAUUCCGCCAAUACCACACCCAAGCGUGUAACCGUUGCUGGCGUGACUUUUGUCCGAAGCAAGAACGGCAACCUGCACCGUCUUGGUGCUGUUGCCUCGAAAAAACAACCAGGCGCCGCUAAAAAGCGGGAUGAACUGUGUAAAAGAUUCACUACGACCGGUAUUUUGUUUUCCGGCGCCACAUUGCCCGCCAAAAUCGCCCCCUUUACUCAGAAACUGACACACUUACUUUUGAAUUCAGGUACAUGCUAUAUGGGACCAUCCUGCCGCUUUACUCAUGAUCCAACUAAAGUUGCAAUCUGCAAAGACUUCCUUCAGACAGGCAAGUGCAGCGCAGGAACCAGCUGUGAUCUUUCCCAUGAGCCAUCGCCUCACCGAUCUCCCGCCUGUGUGCAUUUUAUGAAGGGACGGUGUUCCAAUGAUAACUGCCGCUAUGGUCAUAUUCGCACAACACCUGGUGCACCUGUCUGCCGUGGCUUUGCGACUCUAGGUUAUUGUGAGAAAGGUGCUCAAUGCGAAGAACGUCAUGUGCACGAGUGCCCUGACUACGCGAACUCCGGCGUCUGCCACAAGAAACGCUGCCAGUUGCCACAUGUUGACCGUGCCGGUCAAAUUCGGAAGGCUGCCGCCGCUGCAGCAAGUAGAGCCGAGCCUGGAGAGGAUGAUUCUGACCAGUCCAGUGAAGAGGAGGAGUACGAUGCGAUUGAUUCGGAUGAUGUCGACUCAGAUGAGUUUGACGACGCGCCUGAAGAGUUGAUUGCAGGUGAGGAUGGUGAGAUGCUACAGCAGCAAGACUUUAUUCGCUUCUAA